UCACUCUCUCCUCUCUCUCUCUCUGAAACCCUACCGGACUCGGUUCGUUAAGCCGUUUUGAUUUUCCUUUUUUUUCCGGCGGGAGGGCUUGACUGCUCGUCGAGGCUUUGUUACAGAACCGCCGGCAUCCGUCGCAUCAAAACGGCAGCGUUUCGGUUCCAGAUCUCACAUUCCGCUUCGCAGUGGGUCGUAACUCCUCGGUUCAUUUAGGAUUGACGAAUUGCUGAUAUUUCGAUUGAUCAUGGGGUCUGUGAUCUGAGAAUCUCGGUGGGGGUUGAAAGUGCUUCUGUUCAUCAAUUAAUGAUCGUAUUGGAACUGAUUUUUGUACUCGUUCCAUUUUCGGUCGCUUUGGAGUUUGGCACCUUUCGGGGAGGGGGGAAGCUCUCUUCUACUGCCACCUCUUUUGCUGGCCAUCUGAUCUGCCGCUCCUCUUUGGUUAAUGUCUCGUAAGCUGGACAGUCCCGUGCAGACCCAAAUGGCAGUGUCAUUAUUUAAGGGUCCGAUGACUGGUGAGUACCCUGGAAGCAAGAGGGUGGAAGGGAAGCAGCCUGCUGGUCGGAGGAGAGUUUAUGUGCAAACUGAAACUGGAUGUGUCUUUGGGAUGGAAUUAGAUCGCGGUGACAGUGCCCAUACUGUGAAGAGGAGAUUGCAGAUUGCUCUCAAUGUUCCAACUGAUGAGAGCUCGUUGACAUUUGGAGAUUUGGUGUUGAAGAACGAUCUUAGUGCAGUUCGAAAUGAUUCCCCUCUUCUUCUGACACGUAACCUUAUGCAUAGAAGCUCUUCAACUCCAUGUUUAUCACCUACUGGGAGGGAUCUUCAGCAGAGAGAUUGGAGUGGUCCUAUAGAAAUAUUAGGGAACUCAGAUCGGUUUGCUGGAACAAAGCAGGUGGUGAAGGACAUUAAGAAGGCCAUCAAGAUGGGGAUUGAUCCAAUUCCUGUGCAUAGUGGGCUUGGAGGUGCAUACUAUUUUAGGAAUACUAGAGGUGACAGUGUUGCAAUAGUGAAGCCAACUGAUGAAGAACCUUUUGCUCCGAACAACCCAAAAGGUUUUGUUGGUAAAGCUCUGGGCCAACCAGGUUUGAAGCGAUCAGUGCGGGUUGGGGAAACUGGUUUCAGAGAAGUUGCUGCUUAUCUGCUCGACAAAGACCACUCUGCAAAUGUGCCUCCCACUGCCUUGGUGAAGAUAACUCACUCAAUCUUCAACAUAAAUGAUGGAGUGAAUGGGAACAAGCCACAAAAGAAGAGGCUGGUUAGCAAGAUUGCAUCUUGCCAACAAUUUAUAAAACAUGAUUUUGAUGCCAGUGAUCAUGGGACAUCCAGCUUUCCAGUAGCAGCUGUGCAUCGUAUAGGGAUUUUAGACAUUAGGAUUUUAAACACAGACAGGCAUGCAGGGAACCUCUUGGUUAGGAAACUUGAUGGUGUUGGGAGGUUUGGUCAAGUGGACCUCAUUCCGAUUGACCAUGGCCUUUGCUUGCCAGAAUGUUUGGAGGACCCGUACUUUGAGUGGAUACAUUGGCCUCAGGCUUCUAUUCCAUUCUCAGAUGACGAGCUUGAUUACAUAGAAAAGCUUAAUCCGGUUGAGGAAUGUGACAUGCUGAGAAGGGAGCUUCCCAUGAUACGAGAGGCUUGUCUCAGGGUUUUGGUUCUCUGCACCAUUUUUCUGAAGGAGUCUGCUGCUUAUGGUCUCUGUCUUGCUGAGAUAGGUGAGAUGAUGACUAGGGAAUUUCGUAGUGGUGAGGAAGAGCCUAGUGAACUUGAGGUGAUUUGCAUGGAAGCAAGAAGGAUGGUAGCAGAAAGGGAGGUGCCGUCCCCCAAAGCUGAUGUGGGAGUUGAGGAGUUCCUAUUUGAUAUUGACUGUGAGGAUGCAGAAUCAGACUUCAAAUUUGCAGCAGAGGAUUAUGUGACCAGGAUAGCUUCUCCAUUUGGAAAUGGGAGCGGACAUGGACGCUCUCUUCUCUCUAAACUGGAAGAAAGCAUUGAGGAGGAAGAGGACAGUGAAGGAGAAGAGCAACAGGCGUUAGCAAGUCUGCCACCUUCCAAACAUAUCCCUUCAGUUGCAAAGCUUUCUAUGUCGCUGAAGACUACAAGUUUGGGUGAGAAGAACUUCCCGAAAUACAUUGGAGCGAAAACUGAAAAUGUACACAUGGCAAAUACAUCAUCUGGACACAGGAGUGCGAAUGAGCAACUUCCUGCAAGCAUGAGCUUUGUGAAGCUGGCUGACAUGAAUGAGGAUGAUUGGACUUUGUUUCUAGAGAAGUUCCAAGAUCUGCUUUACCCAGCAUUUGCAAAACGAAAGUCCGUUACUCUAGGUCAGAGGCAGAGACUGAGGCUUGGUACCUCUUGCCAGUUUUGAGAUUGAGGCAGCAAUGUGCGGCUACGAUAGGGUUUACUAAUGGUGGACAAGAAGAUUAGUACUGUUUGUGGGAGUGGACGUUUGGUACUUUUGUUGUGUUAGAUUUGUGUUGCUGUUUUCUUCUUCCUGGAGAAAGGGUGCUUUAGUUGACGAGUGACUGUAGGAGAGUUGCUGCUGUAAAUAUUCUUGGCAUCACUUGAUUUUCUUUCUUCUUUUUUUUGGUUGUUUCUUUUGAUUUUUUUUUUCCGUCGUUUCUUUCACUCCUUGAUGUACUCUCUUGUUUGAUAAAUAAUUCUGUCGAAUGAAAUCCAGAAAAGAAAGUUAAUGUAUAUAGUCAGUCCUGUUUUCUUGC